GAGAGAGAGGGGGAGGAGCUAUAAGAUUCCAAAAUUUGCGCACUGAUUUCCCCAAUGAGAGCGGCCUUGGCGUUUCUUUCAUCACACCUCUCAAACUUAUGUCUCUCCCUCCUCUUCUUUCCAAUAACUAACUAUUCCUUUCUCUGUCUCAGUCCAUCUCUUACCGCCCAUAACUACUCCUAAAAUCACUCAAGUAUAUAAAUAUAUCCAUCUUUCUUAGGCCUCAAAAUAUUUACACUUCAUGCAAUGGCAAUUGACUGCGUCUCCAGCAUAGCCUCCAUGCCUCACCAUCUCAAAGACGACAGUAAAGAUGAGCAAAAACAACUAGUUUUUGAUGCUUCUGUGCUUAAAUACCAAUCCUGCAUACCACAACAAUUUAUAUGGCCUGACGAUGAAAAGCCUUGCGCUAGUGCACCAGAACUCCAAGUACCACUCAUUGACAUUAAAGGUUUCCUCUCUGGUGACCCUGUUGCUGCGAUGGAAGCUUCAAGGCUUGUCGGCGAGGCAUGUCAACAGCAUGGUUUCUUUCUUGUAGUUAAUCAUGGAGUCGAUGCCACACUCGUGGCCGAUGCUCAUAGGUACAUGGAUAACUUCUUUGAAUUGCCACUCUGCGAAAAGCAAUGGGCUCAGAGAAAAGUUGGUGAGCACUGUGGAUAUGCCAGCAGCUUCACCGGCAGGUUCUCCUCCAAGUUGCCUUGGAAAGAAACACUUUCUUUUCGCUACUCAGCUCAGAGAAACGCAUCCACGAUGGUUGAAGACUACCUUGUUAAUAAAAUGGGAGAUGAAUUCAGGCAUUUCGGAAGGGUAUACCAGAGCUACUGCGAGGCUAUGAGCAAGCUUUCUCUAGGGAUUAUGGAGCUUUUAGCCAUCAGUCUGGGCGUAGGCAGAGCGCAUUUCAGGGAAUUUUUUGAGGACAAUGAUUCAAUAAUGAGGCUGAAUUACUAUCCGCUUUGCCAAAAACCAGACCUCACUUUAGGAACGGGGCCUCAUUGCGAUCCAACAUCUUUAACCAUCCUUCACCAAGACCGAGUUGGUGGUCUUCAAGUGUUUGUAGACAACGAAUGGCGUUCAAUCAGCCCAAAUUUCGAAGCAUUUGUUGUUAACAUUGGCGACACCUUCAUGGCUUUAUCAAAUGGAAGAUACAAAAGUUGCUUGCACCGGGCGGUUGUGAACAGUCACACCCCAAGAAAAUCCCUUGCUUUCUUUUUGUGCCCAAAGGGUGAUAAAGUGGUUACCCCACCAAAAGAGUUGGUGGACGCAAAUAGCCCCAGAGUAUAUCCAGAUUUUACAUGGCCUAUGCUGCUUGAAUUCACACAAAAGCACUACAGAGCUGACAUGAAUACGCUUGAAGUAUUCUCAAACUGGGUUCAACAGAGAAGCCGCUGAACCGCUGUUGUCUCUACCGUCUUGUAAAUUAGCUAGGUGUCAUUACAAAACAGACAUUGCCAUAUCACUGGCCUCUCUGCCAAGAACAUGACACUUGAUGGGUGGACAGAAAACUGAUUCAAGAGCUGGGAUUUUUGCUACGAUUUGAAGGCAAGGUCAGGGGAUAAGGGGUCAGGUGACAAGCAUUUUAAGUGAUGAAAUGAAAUACAAGACAAGAGAUGCUACGAGGAACCCAAUAAACAGCUCCACCAUCACUAAUUUUUUUUUUGUAUCUCCUUUGAGAAUAUAGAAAGCAUAGAAUUACCUCUCCUCAUGUAAAAACAAAAUUAGGCUACUUAAUUGCUAGGUUCUCUUUCUUUUGUUGUUAUAUUUCAUGCAACUUCUUCCA